GUCUAUUUACAAUAAAACUAAAAGUUAAGGGGUGAAAAGAUAAAUAAAAAGGAAUAGAGAGAAGGACAAACCCUUGUCCGUUCAACAAAAUUCUCAAGAAUUCAUCUGGAGAUCGAAUCCGGCGAACUGUGAGAACAGCUCCGGUGAAGUCGAUUUGGGAGUAGAAGAGGAGUGUUCAGUUCAGCGAGAUCGGACAGAUGUAUGAUGUGAUGUUGGAUGAGGCGAACUUGUGGCAUCACGAACAUGAACAGGAACCUCCUCUCCGUAAGCGGAAGAUCGAAGAAGCUCCUCCACCUUCACCUGUCGAAGACGUUUAUUUCUCCGACGAAGAAGAUCCUGAGGAACAAGAAAAGUAUCGUCUUCAAGUUGUUGAGUCUUGUGGAUUUGAUGUUGAUUACUGCAACCAUACGUAUAAUGGGAUAAUGCCGGGUGGAUGUAGUCCCUAUGACAAACUCUUUGCAAAGGCUGGACUCCAUUGUUACAAUCUUGAAAAGGGAAAGAAGUUAGAAUUCAGGAGUCUAGUCAAAGUUAACUCAGAAAUCGGUUCACUUUACAAUCCUUAUUCAACUUCUGAGGUGAUGGAUCCUAUCAACAACUCAAUUCACACUUUCCAAACUUUAGUCACGGAUGCAGGGUAUGAUAACAAAGCCCGUUUGAUACUCGUCACAAAAAUAUGCAGGAUCAAGCCUCAAGUGCCAGGCAUGGGAGAUGCCACUGUCUUUUGGGACUUGGAUGCUAUAGAUGACUUCUAUAAAGGUGAUAUGCCAGAUUGGCCACCGAAUGAUGAUAAGUUACAGUUCUAUGAGGUGAAUGGAUUAGAGUUGCCAGACAAUGAAUGGCUUCAUCUAUACGCCGAAGUUGCAUUGUUCUCCGAGUGGGCCGAUGACCUGAGUGCUUACAUGCCAUUUGAGAUGAAGAAAGUAGUGGUACAGACGAGAGAAGAUGUAGAGUCGAGUAUGAAGCUCAAGUCGAGAAAUGCAAUCUUCUAUAUGAGUUUCAAGAUUCGUGGAGGUCGCGAGUGCAGAGGCAUAGUAAGAAGAACAAGUGAUGGGAGAACAGGACAUAUGUGCCUUGAAGCUAGAUGCUGGAUCGACAAGUAAAGCUAAUAAUGACACCAGUGUAAUCUAUCUAUGGCUGAAGUUGCUAUCAAGCAACUAUUAAAUUAAGCUCUAUUUAAGAUGUGAUUUUCAUGUUUAUUAACUCUCUUAUUAUCUUGUUUCAAGGAUAUUACAUUGAUGUGCAAACACUUUAUGCAAUGAGAUAAAAUGGAAGUGUUUUGCAAA